UCACUCGGGCUGGGGAGCGCACAGAGCCGGCCGCAUGGGGAGACUCUCACAUCCCGCCCGCCUCUGCUGCGGGAAAAAGAAGGACUUCACGUUGUCGAAGGGGAAAGAUGCCCCCGCGGGGCAGGAUGACGAGAACUCGGAGCGUGGGAACUGGUCCAGCAAGACGGACUAUCUGCUGUCCAUGGUCGGCUACGCGGUGGGGCUGGGGAACGUCUGGCGGUUCCCCUACCUCACUUACCAGAACGGAGGGGGUGCCUUUCUAAUACCCUACACAACUAUGCUGGCAUUAGCUGGUUUACCUUUAUUUUUUUUGGAAUGUUCCCUGGGGCAGUUUGCCAGUUUGGGGCCAGUUUCUGUGUGGAGAAUAUUACCAAUUUUACAAGGAGUGGGAAUCACGAUGGUCAUCAUCACCACCUUGGUGACGGUCUACUACAAUGUUAUCAUUGCCUAUGCCCUCUACUAUCUGUUUGCCUCCUUCCAAAGUGUACUGCCGUGGUCGGACUGCUUUGCGUGGGCAGAUGAAAAUUGCAGCAAAACACCUGUGGUGAGCGAUUGCAAUACGACCUUACCAAACGGGAUAAUCAUUCACACAAACUACUCGUAUGUCACCAGCAACAAUCUAACCUGUCUCAAUGGCAGCUUAGCGUAUAAACAAGUGCAACUUCCCAGUGAGCAGUACUGGAAUAAAGUGGCCCUUCGGCGCUCCAGCGGGCUGGACGAGACGGGUGAAAUUGUCUGGUACUUGGCCCUCUGCCUGCUCCUAUCCUGGCUGAUAGUCGGAGCUGCAUUAUUUAAAGGGAUCAAAUCUUCAGGAAAGGUUGUUUAUUUCACAGCUCUCUUUCCAUAUGUUGUCCUCGUUAUCCUGCUUGUCCGAGGUGCCACCCUGGAAGGCGCUCGAGAUGGCAUUGAGUAUUACAUUGGAACACAGUCCAAUUUCACAAAGCUGAUGGAGGCAGAGGUUUGGAAAGAUGCAGCUACUCAGAUAUUCUUCUCCCUGUCGGUGGCCUGGGGGGGCCUGGUUGCUCUCUCCUCUUACAAUAAGUUCCAUAACAACUGCUAUUCUGAUGCCAUUGCUGUCUGUUUAGUAAACUGCCUCACCAGUGUGUUUGCGGGAUUUGCGAUAUUCUCCGUUUUGGGACAUAUGGCUUUCCUGGCAGACAGACCCGUCUCUGAAGUUGUAGACUCAGGCUUUGAUUUGGCAUUUGUUGCCUAUCCAUCGGCUCUCUCCAAAUUACCAGUCGCCCCUCUUUGGUCCUUUUUAUUUUUCUUCAUGCUUUUACUGUUGGGGCUCGACUCUCAGUUUGCUUCCAUAGAAACAGUGACAACCACCAUACAAGAUAUAUACCCCAAGGUGAUGAAAAAGAUGAGGGUUCCUGUAACCCUGGGAUUAUGCAUGCUUCUGUUUUUUCUUGGUCUCAUCUGUGUCACUCAGGCAGGAAUUUACUGGGUUAACCUAGUGGAUCAUUUCUGUGCUGGAUGGGGGAUCCUUUUUGCAGCGGUCCUGGAAAUAAUAGGCAUUAGCUGGAUUUAUGGAGGAAACCGAUUUAUCCAAGACAUUGAAAUGAUGAUUGGAAAGAAGAGCUGGUGGUUCUGGCUGUGGUGGAGAGCAUGCUGGUUCUUCAUUACCCCUGUUCUCUUAUGUGUGAUUUUAUGCUGGUCUUUGGUCACAUUUUCACCUCCCAAGUAUGGCUCAGUCGAAUACCCUGCGUGGGGAUCGGCUGUGGGCUGGUGCAUGAUUGUCUUCUGCAUCAUCUGGAUUCCCAUUGUCGCGAUUGUAAAAAUAGUGAAAGCACCAGGAAAUCUGUGGCAGCGUAUUGUGAGCUGCUGCCGGCCAGCUGCUAACUGGGGUCCCUCUCUGGAAUGUCACCGAGGAGAAAGGUACAGCCACAUGGUAGAUCCCCACAAGGAAAGAGACCAGGAGAUCCCCACCGUGGAUGGCUUCGUGCACAAGCUGGAAUGAGACGCCUGCCCUGGCCUGCAUUAUUUUUAACACAAAUGUAUUUUCUUUUUGUUUAAUGUUGGAAAAUAGUGUGCCAAACUAUUGAAAGCUGUACUAUUGAUUGUUAGCUCUGCCUUACUGGGAGGAGCAGGUCAUGGAGUAGAGAGGAAAGCCCAAGCCCACAGGCUGGGAGGGCAGGAAAAUACACUCCAGCCAGGGGCGGCUCUAUGGUUUUUGCCGCCCCAAGCAUGGCAGUUAGGCAGCCUUCGGUGGUAUGCCUGCCGGAGGUCCGCUGGUAACGCGGAUUCGGCGGCAUGCCUGCGGGAGGUUCGCCGGUCCUGCGCCUUUGGCGUGCCCGCCGCCAAAUUGCCGCCGAAGCCGCGGGACCGGCGGACCUCCUGCAGCCAUGCCGCCGAAGGCAGCCUGACUGCCGUCCUCGAACCGACCGGCAGGGCGCCCCCCCGCGGCUUGCCGCCCCAGGCACGCACUUGGUACGCUGGCGCCUUGAGCUGCCCCUGCUCCAGUCUCUCAGAGCGUAGGGACUGGGAGCAGUCCGUAGGGCAGCUGGCCUGCAGAUGCUGCUAUGGGGGGAUGUGUUCUGGUGCUCUCCUGCCCAGGGCUUGAGCCACGGGGCUCUGUGCUGGGCACGUACCAACAAGCACCUCCCCGCGCGCUCUGUUUUCUGCAGCUGGUGCACAGCUCAGGCUGACGGUACGCAGAGGGGCGGAUGGGUUGGUGCUCUCCGCUCAGCAGCCCAGGGAAAGUGAAUUAUUGCUGCUGUCUGGGCCUUGCUCAGGCUUCUCAGCCUGGCGCUGAGCAAAAUGUGUGUCUGUGUUGUCUGUGUGUCUCGACGUUGAGGGGUGACAAGCUGCCUUGCUUAUGAGGCUGGAAUGUGGCAAGGCAAGUUCCCAUAGAUUUGUCAUAUCUCUGGCAACUGAUGGGUGGCAGUGAGAGGUCUGAUUGUUUAGUUCAGUGUUUCCCAAACAGGGUCCGUGGAACACUGGUGUUCCGUUCCGCACGAUGUGAAUAGGUGUUCAGUGAAAGAAUCCUAGUUAAAAAAAAUUUUUUAAUUUUAAAUUUGGCAUAUUUGAAGCGUAGUUUACAACUCUUUUUGAAUGACUAUAAUUUAACAUAAAACGGUUAUCGAUAGAUCUCGUAUUGAAUAUUAUGGUGUAAAGAGAACGUGGCACGCAAGCAUGUUGAUGUCUACCCCUUUCAGGCACGUUUCAGUUAGUGACAUCGUACCCCUUCUGCUCGAGGUUGGGCGAACUGCAGUGGUAUGCACACACCAUUCUCUUUACGCCAUGGUGAAUAUAACAUAUUCACUCCACACGUUCAAACCUAUGGGUCUUUACCAUGUGUGCGAUAAGCACAACUAAACUAGCUUUGCUCAAAACAAUAUAAAUAUUUGUGACAAACAAAAUUUGACAAAAAUCAGUGUUUCUAAAUAGUGUUACUAAAUCACCAUGGAUUUGUGGCUAAAAGAAGGAACUUUGAAACGAAAAGCAAGUUCUUCUGGUACUCCCACUGUGGCCAAAAUAAACGAAUAAAAUAUUGUGACACUUCAAAGUGAGGAUGAACAAUUGCAGUCUUUUGUUGCUGAAAAAUCUGUUAGUACUAGUGAGUUAUCCAAGGUGAAAGAAUUUCCACCGAAGAAUAUCAAAAAACAAGAAGAAGCAGGUGUUAAAAGACCGAAACGAAAGUAUUAUGAAAGUUAUUUGUCUUUCGGUUUUACAUGUGUUGGAAAUAAAGAUGUUCCCGAUGCGAAAUGCGUUGUGUGCAACAAAAUACUAGCAAACAGUUCAUUGGCUCCUGCUAAACUUCGUAGGUAUUUGGAAACCAAGCAUGCUGAAUACAAAGACAAAGAUAUAAGUUUUUUCAAGAAGAAGCAGCAUGACUCACUUGGAAAUUGUAAACUUUCAGUGAUUAAAAUUGCUAAAACAGACAACAAAAGUGCAACAGAGGCACCUUAUCGAGUAAGUUACCGUAUAGCACUUGCCAGAGAAGCAAACACUAUUGGAGAAACGGUUAUCAAGCCUUGUGCGAAAGAUAUUGUAAUGUGCAUGCUGAGUGAGCAGUCUGGUAAAAAUAUGGAUGCUGUACAGUUGUCAAAUAAUACUGUUGCACGCCAUAUUAAAGAUCUUGUCGAUGACAUAGAAAAAGAGCUAGUUUGCCAACUGAAAAUUUGCCAUGAGUAUUCAUUGUAGCUAGAUGAGUCCACUGAUGUUUCAGGACUUGCUGUGCUACUAGUAUUUGUCCGGUAUAGAUUUAAUAAUAUUAUUGAAGAGGACCUGCUCUUAUGUGAAUCUCUGCAAAGCAACACAACUGGAGAAGAAAUAUUCAACUGCAUCAACAAUUUUAUCAGAAAGCAUGAAAUUAGUUGGGGAAAAUGUAUUGAUGUAUGUACUGACGGUGCUCGGGCAAUGAUCGGGAAGAUAAAGGGAGCUGUAACGCGAAUCGUAAGUGUGGCACCAGAAAGUACAAAGAGCCAUUGUGUUCUACACAGACAAGCAUUUGCAGUUAAAAAAAUACCAGCAUAUCUGAAAAUUGUGCUCGACAAAGCAGUACAAAUUAUCAAUUUUGUCAAAUCUCGACCACUUCAAUCCAGGUUAUUUAAAAUGUUGUCUGAGGAAAUGGGUAGUCAGCACAAAGCGCUUCUUUUACAUACAGAAGUGAGAUGGCUAGCCAGAGGAAAAGUGCUUGUGAGGCUUUUUGAGCUUUGUAGUGAACUACUGGUAUUCUUCACUUCAGAUAAUUCAGGAUGAAAAUUUAAUGACAAAUUCCUCAUGGCUAAUGAGACUUGCGUAUCUCGCAGAUAUUUUUGUAAAAUUAAAUGAAAUUAAUCUGUUGCUGGAAGGAAAGAAUGUGACCAUUUUUACAACAAUGGAUACAAUUUCGUCGUUAAAAAAGAAACUGGAAUUCUGGGCAUCUUCUGUAGAACAGAAUAACUUCGACUGCAUCCCUACAGUACAUGAAUUUCUGACUGAAAUAAAUUCUACAGUCCAUGAAGAAGUUUCCAGCACAAUUUUACAGCACUUAUGUGACUUGCAGGCCUCAUUAUUAGAAUAUUUUCCUACAACUACUGAUGAUAAUGCUUGGGUUCAAAAUCCAUUUGUAAUUACAGCCAAACCAGUCAGCUUUACUGCGCAUAAUUAUGAAAGCCUAAUUGACUUAAUUUCUGACUCUGAUUUGAAACAAAAGUUUAAGGAUCUUCCGCUGAGUAAUUUUUGGAGCAGCCUAAUAGAAGAGUACCCUAAUGUGGCUAAACGUGUGGUUCGAGUGCUCCUUCCUUUUGCUACAACUUAUUUGUGUGAGACGGAAUUUUCGUAUUAUACUGCAACAAAAAACAAAUCUAGGAAUAGACUUGAUGCUGUGCCUGACAUGAGGAUUCCACUUUCCAGCAUUAUUCCUAAUAUUAAGCGAAUUUGUGAUAAAAAAAAAUGCAGAAACACCAAUCCCCUUAAAUCUAAAUUUGUAUUUCUGUUUAUAAAAAUAGAUUUUCCUAGUAAAAAUCGAAUUUGUUUGGUGUUUGUGUAUAUAUAAAAACAGGUUUUUUUUAAGUAGAACACUAUUUUUAAUUUUGACUCUUGCACUUGAUUUUUGUACUACUUCAU